GACCGGGGGUGGGCGGGAUGGCUGUACCUGGUACCAACACAUCUGCCCACUGCUAACGAGGUCCGGGGGCGUCACUGCCAGCGGGGAAUACAGGGAGAUAAGGGGGAGGAGAGGCUGGAGGCGCCUGGCAGAGGUGUCCAGCGCCCGGCCGGCGCAGGAGGUGGUGAGUUGGAUGGGCAGAGAGUUUGGGAGACCCUCUGAGCCUCGUCCCCAGGGCUGCUGGGGAGCGGUGAUGCUGCAAGUGGGGCCCAAACCCGGCUGCAGCGGCAGGAGGGGAUCGGGACGCGCUGGGAAGUGACGGACACGUUGGAAGGUGAUCGGGACAGGCUGGGAAGUGACGGACACGGGCAGUUCCAGCAGCCCCCGGCCCGUCCGCGUGCCGGGGCCGCUCCUCCCGCAUGGCAGCAAAGCGGAUCCCACACCCCCGAGGGCCCCUCUCCGCCCCUCUCCCUCUCCUGGGACAGGGGCCAGGACGUCCUUCGGGCAGGAUGUUCCCACCGCCGGGCUGCAGGAGGGGCUUCCCCAGGGAGCCCUGCCCGUGGGGGGAUGGAGCAGGAGCAGGGCCGUGCCCCCCUCACGGCCCCGAGGACGCCUGGGAUGAGCCGCCCUGGAAGCACCGGCGCAGGAGGGGCCGGGGCGGAUGGUUCCGGCCCAGCCCCAGGGACCCCAGACCUUUCCCUGGCCCUGAUGGCAUCCCUUGGAAUGAGGAGGAGGAGGACAGGAUAUGGGCACCCCACGACUACCCCCCAGCACCCCCCUGGGAUGACAGAGAAGAAAUCCGAGGACCUGUGGAUGACUUUGGAGAGGGCUGGGACCCGUGUCAUCCCAGGGGUCCCAGACCCUUCCCUGGCCCCAAUGGCAUCCCUUGGAACGAGGAGGAGGAGGACAGGAUAUGGGCACCCCACGACUACCCCCCUCCCCCCUGGGUUGGCAGAGGACCUGAGGAGGACUUCACACAGGACUGGUUCCCGGAGUGGCAGCCUGGCCCCUGUCCUGAACCCCCCUUGGAGGAGGAGCAGCCCCCACCCUGGCAUCCUGCUGGCCCACCAGGGAGACGAGGGGGGUUCCAUGGUGGGGGCCCCCCCUGGGACUGUGACCCCCCCUGGGACUGUGACCCCCCCAGGGGGAGACACGGCCGACACCUUCGCAGGAGCCGCCGGGAGCUGACCCUGAUCCCGUGUGGGUGGGGUCCCAGACCCCCCAGAGGGCACAAACCACCCUCCAGGGCCUCUCCUCCCCGCCCCAAGACGAGCCAGCCGGCGGCCAGGAAAGAGCUGCAGCCCCCUGAUCCUCCCCAGCCACCCGUGUCCCCCCAGGGUCCUGUGGAGAGGCCGGAACAGAGCCAGGACCUGCCAGAGGGGAGUGGGGAGGUCCCCAAGACCCCUGAGCCGGCCAGGACCCCUCCAAGGAGCCCGGCCACUGAUCCCUGCGCUGCGGGGCCGGAGCAGGCGGCUCCGGGGACACCGGUUGAGCCAGGAGCUGAGCAGACACCUCUGGGCAGCCAGGACCAGGAUCCCUGUGCUUUGGGAGCGGAGCCAAUCCCACUGGAGGAGAACUCUGCCGGGGCAGGGGAGCACCUCGAGGUAGAGCGGGGCAGUCCAGCUGUCCCCGAGGCUGGCACAGGUGAUGGGUCACAUCCCCACAGCCCACCAGCCCCUCUGGAUCCCACUGAGAGGGAACACCCGGCAUCCAGCUGCUCUGCAGAGGUGGGUGCUGAGCUGAGCCCACAUUCCCAGGGAGAGCAGCGUUUGCCAAGUGGAGCUGGAGAAGCCGAGGCAGAAGCUGCCCACGGUGGGCUUCUCGAGAGCCUUCAGCCACCUGAAAACUCUCAGGUCCUGCCAGGACCUGCAGCAGAAGCUGAUGCAGAGCCCAGCCAGGCUUGUCCUGAUCUCUGCACCUCACCAAGGACCUCACCGGAGCCCCAGCACUCUCCUGGCUCCAGUGAGACAAACCUGGCUGGGGAUGGACAGCAGCAGCUCUGCUUCAGCCUCCCGACGCCCUCCCCAUCCCGCCAGGAUCUCCGCUCCGCCGCCGUCCUCGCCAGGAAGGAGGCCAUCGAGCUGUCGUACCAGCGGUUCAGCCUCAACUUCGCGGUGGUGGCCACGAUGCUGCUGCAGAAGGAGCCCUCCAUGGAGGCAACCCUGGGGCUGGCACUCAGGGCCAACCUGCGCCAGGGCCGGAUCCACCACCUGCAGGAGCUGGAGAAUUUCAUCGACAGCUACGACUCGGCCACCCCCAGCCCCUGAGGAGACACCCCCCCUCCAGCCAGGCUGGGAGGGAUGGGGGGCCAUGUCAGGGCACUGCUGUGCUCAGGUGGUGCUUAGCCUGCCGGUCAGGGUGGCAUGGACAUGUUGGCAGUCCCAUAUCCCUUGGAGAGGGAGGAAGGUGGGGGUAUGCUUAGUUUUAGCCCUGCCCAAACCUCUGUGUGCAGCCAAAGGAGGAGCUGGUGUUACUGGCUGGUGGUGGGAGGGAGGGAGAGCAGCAGCCCCUCUCCUCCCAUCCAGUCUCCUCACUCAAUUCCUGAUUCCCCGGGAUGUGCCCACAAACCCCGGGAGUUGUUCUUGGUUUAAAAUCUAAAAAUAAACCCUGUUCUUGUUGCA